AUGAUUCAGGCGCGCUCAAGGCCAGUGGCUGUCCAUGUCAGGACUCUGGCCGAUAGUUACACUUUCAUCGCCUGUUGUGCACACCGGAAUAGCCAACAGAAGAUACGAUACAACUCGGCAAAAUGCGGGAGCCAGUCUGCGAGUCGGCGACACUUUCACGACUACUUUGUCACGCACCUACCAUCGUCUUCGCAGCAUCCCGAUUCCCACGGACCGCCGUCGUUUCAUAAGCUUCCUCGCUCUGCGUCAACGCCGCACACCAGCGGAAGCAGUCGACUGUCUCCGGCAUCAAUACAAACACCCAUCGGUAUCACUCGCGAUACGACUGUAGUACGAAUACCUCUACGCAGUGCGAAACAUCACUUUGGGGCGUCUGUCUCUCGCGGAUCACGACAGCACAAUGAGGACACAUUCCAGGCCGGUGUAAUCGAAGUGCCUUCGUUUGCAAAGCGGUCACCUUUGUCAUUGACUAUUCGCCGGGCAUCGGGCGCCGAGUCCGUCGCUGUGGCUUCUGGGGCAGACAGCGCAAGUGGAGAUCCACAGGUAUUUUACUUUGGCGUUUUUGACGGCCACGGCGGUUCUGAAUGUAGCGACUUUCUACGUGACCGUCUACACGAAUACAUACAAGAAAGUGCUGCAGAGUUUGAAAUUCAGUCUAGCUUGAAAGAUAAACAUGGAUCUGUUGAGCAGAAACGUGAACGACGUGGGAGACUAGAAGCCGGCCAGCAUGGAUUGCAUCGAGCUGACAUACCCAUUAUCCAGAAGGCGAAUAUCCAAAAGAUAGAAAAACUCGAGACGGGAUUGGUCGAGAGCUGGAAGAAUCUAGUUGGGGGAUAUUUCAGACGAUUUAAACCAGCCCACUUCUCAUGUAUAAAGAAGGAAUCCACCCCGCGCGACCUUUCACAGACGCUCGGAUCGAAUCAGAGUAGACAAGCCUCAAUUGAUGGGGUUUCGAUGGAAGAGGUGAUGGAAUAUGCCUUUCUGAAAGCUGACUUUGAUUUUGUGUCUGCUCAAGCGGCAAAGAAAGAAGACGAUCCCGUACGGUCGGACCAGCCAUUGAACAACGAUGAUAUACUUUAUAGUCCAAGCCAAUCUCGCCGUGAAUAUAUUGGAGGACCGAAACGAUUUCCAGGAGGAAGUACCUGCAGUGUUGCCAUGAUAUCGACCCCAACCCCGACGCCUUUCUGGAACCCGGCGACACCUUCUUCUCUCUUAGUUUCGCAUGUUGGUGAUACCAGGGUUUUGCUAUGUGAUACAAGCACUGGUGCCGCGACUCCCGCGACCACAGAUCAUCACCCGUCCUCUCCCAUCGAGGCCAAUCGCCUUCGGCGGUAUGCAGCUACCUUUGUUACCGAUUCCUUUGGAGAGGAACGUGUAAGCGGACUUGCUAACACCCGAGCGUUUGGCGAUAUGCAUUCGAAACGGAUUGGUGUAUCAGCGGAGCCAGAAAUCCGUCGCAUUGAGAUGGCCCCGGCCGAAUUUUCUUUUCUCGUCCUCAUGUCCGACGGCAUUAGUGGGACCCUCCAUGACCAGGAAGUCGUGGACAUCAUCAAAGAGGCUCGCACACCGGAACAAGGCGCACGUGAUGUGGUGAACUUUGCGACUGAGAUCAGCCAGGAUGCCGACAAUGCGACCUGCCUCGUGGUCCGUCUUGGGGGAUGGGAACGCCGGCUUGAAGGUGGUUUAGGCAGCAUGGGCACCAAGGAAGCCCGCGAUUUUCGAAGACAAGAAGCUACAGACCCGCGACGGUCGCGGACGUAG